UUGAAUUUUUCACGGUAAUCAACUGACAGCGUGUUGCACCGCGGGUUGCUAGGUGUACUGUAUCAAAUAUUUCUUUGAAGCUGUCAAACAAAAGUUACGUGCUUAAGACACUUUGGGGCAUUGCUCAUAUUAUCAUGGAGUCGUUGCACGAGCUGCUGUACUGGAUAGGUGCUGUCACUGUGGCCUGGGUGUCUGUGUGCACGCUGUUCGGUCUGCUCAAUAGGAUUCGUGUGUGGAUUCUGGGCAAUGGGAAUUUGAUCAGGGCAUCCAAACUCGGGAAAUGGGCCGUUGUGACUGGGGCCACCGAUGGAAUCGGAAAAGCCUAUGCGGAGGAGCUUGCUCGACAAGGUUUCGCUAUUGUUCUCAUUAGCCGUACUCAAGAAAAGCUGGAUGAAGUGUCUAAAGCUAUCGAAAGCAAGUAUAAUAUAGAGACCAAAACAAUUUCUGCAGACUUUGGAUCCCUGGACAUCUACCCUAAGAUUGAGUCUGGACUGGCUGGCCUUGAAAUAGGAGUUUUAGUUAACAAUGUUGGAGUGUCUUAUUCCUACCCAGAGUUCUUUCUCAAUAUUCCUAAUGUUGACAGUUUCAUCAACAACAUGAUCAACAUCAAUAUUACAUCAGUUUGUCAGAUGACACGGCUGGUAUUGCCCAGGAUGGUAGAUAGGUCUAAAGGAGUGAUCUUGAAUAUUGCUUCGGCUAGUAGCAUGUACCCAGUUCCUCUCCUUACCCUCUAUUCUUCCACAAAGGCAUUUGUGGACUUCUUUUCUUGUGGACUUGAUGCUGAGUACAAAAGCAAAGGGAUUAUCACACAGAGUGUGCUACCAUUUUUUGUGAUGACCAAACUGAGCAAGAUCAAGAGGGCCUCUCUUGACAUUCCCACUCCAGAACGCUAUGUAAGAGCCCAGCUGAGCACUGUAGGGCUGCAGACUCAGACCAACGGUUACCUCCCUCAUGCCAUCAUGGGUUGGGUGACUACUGCUCUGCUUCCUGCAAAACUGCUCAACAAGUAUGUUAUGAGCAUGGGGUUGUCCCAGCGUGCACGCUAUCUGAAGAAACAGAAGCAAGGUUUCACUGUGAAUAACUUUUACAAGAUGCCAGUCUAAAGCCAGCAACAGCAGACUAAAGGCAACUACAGCAGCACUUGAGUAUGUACAGUAAUGUAGGAGGAUCUUCAUAUCCGUUUCAAAU